CCUUCUUGUGCCUGUAAUUUCUUCUCUUCUUCUUGGACAGUCAGUCCGCUUGAUGGGGGAUUGAACAUUGGGGGUGUAGUUUAUGCUCAUGGGGUUGGUUAUAUAUCACUGACACGAACACCGUGCAUUAACUAGCCGCCGGUGGUGAUGGAGUGUUGAUUAGUCUUUGUGUAUAUGAUUCUUAAUCCGAGAGCAACAUUCAAGAGUGUUAGCACUUCCACUCCACUUUCAUCAUUCUUCACGGAUAUGCUCGCAUGGAUAUACUACCACUACUCUACUGCUACUACUCCGUACUAUGUACGGGAUGCUUGCUUGUUGGUUCUUUUUAGCUACGGAUAGCUAGGUAUCUAGAUUCUCCUACACAACCUUGCCCGGAUUAAGAGGACUGACUGACUGACUGACGGCGUUCCUGGAUGUCAAUUCCUUGUUUUCUUCCCCACCGUCCAAACCCGGUUUUACGGUCCUCCUAGCUAACAAAAUAAAAAACGGAAGGUUGAAUCGAAGAACGGCGCAGCUUGAGCGGAUUCGGAUGACGCGCAUGUAAUCUUUGGGAAGAAUACUGAGAACGGCCGCGGGAUGAUGUUGUGUCUGUCUCAACUGGCUUUUCUCCCCCACUUGCUCCUCUAAUAACUUAGUUAUUGCAAAGGCCAAAGAGCCUUGUCUCCGGCCGUGUAGCCAUGUCCUGCAGCGCUUCGGGAAACAUGCGGUGGGUUGGCUGCCAUUUAAACCCUCUAUUGUCCCGCAUGGACACGGCAGCAAACCUAACAAUCAUUUCCUAUCUUGUUUCAGGACGGCUUUAUUUUUAUUUUUUAUUUUUCUUCUUCUGUUUCUUUUUCUUUUUCUGUGUGUUUGGGUGGUUUUAUCUCCCUGCCCUACAUAUCUCGCGUUAUGUUGUUGUUGUGCUCCUCCUGAUCGCGUCCUCCUGUUGGUAGAAGGUUUGACCAUCUAUCUUUUAGUUAACUCUCAGCACAUUUGAGUUUUUUUUUUUCUACGCUUUUAAAGGAAAUUGGUUUGUCCAAUUGUUUACCUUGUACUUUUAUUUGCCCCCCCCCCUCCUCCCCCUGCCUGGUCCACGUUCAAAAGAGUAAGACUUUGUCCUUGGACCAAUCUGUGCACCGGGCGUGACGGACUCUGAGCCCCCCAUAUCCUAGCUCGCCGAACAAUACCCGUUGAGCGGAGUAUAGCGGGAAUUUGUCUACAAUUCUAUUGAAUACACUCGGGUGCUCUAGAACUUGCUGUCAACCACUGUUCCUAUCUUCUGAGAGUUCACCUAUCUAUCUAUCUACAAAGCUUUUUAUAUUAUUACUCAAUUGGCGUGUGAGCGGCCGGCGGGUACGCGCGGGCGAAGAUGCAGAGGCCUCUUCUCCUCUACUUCCUGGGUUCGUCGGCAAUCCUAUGCACCACGACAUCAGCCAUUGUCAAUGGGGUGUUUGCUGCAUCGCUCGAACACGCAGUCUAUGACAAGGCAUUCCUUGCAUAUGUGGCAGUGGUGCUCACGGCCAUAAGCUCGAUUGUCCUGGGCCUGCUACUCGUCUCAUUUACGACGAAUGCAACAAGGGGCGGGCAGUUUUGGAGAUCGUGCCAUGGAUUGGCUUUCAUCCUACUGGGCGCAAUCCUUUGCGCUGCACUCAUAUUCGUCGCAAUUACACUGCGAGCCUGCGAUUCCGCCCUAUUCAAGAACUCGAGGGCUAUUCGAAUCCCCCACCGUACCCGCGCACUCUACACCGCGUGGUGCGGGGUAUGGGCUGUAGCCAUUGCUCUACAGAUAUUAUUCUACGUCGGCUUAGCAUUGCCUCCAGAGCAUAGGCCGACCUUGAGAAUCGACGCGAUAUCCAAAUUAGCCUCAAGCGCAGCCAGGUUUCUACGAUUCAAGGGGCAUCUUAUAAGGCUGAUAGGGAGGAGACCCUCAAUCUCCGCCCAAUCUACCACAUCACCAGAGCACAAACACCCUCCCAGUGCCCCAGCGAAUUCGCACUGCGACUCAGAACAGAAACACAGCGAUUCGUUGCUAUAUCCGGGCAACCCCAUCCUAAAUCUGCACAUUCUGCAACAUCUCCAACAACAUAACCGCGGCCACAGCCAAAGCCGCCAACAAGUUAAAUAUCCAACACCUGGCAAUGCAGCCUCCUCCUUUAACAGCAGCAGCAGCCCACUGGAGCAAGAACAUACAUUCGACCAAUGGGACACCUCCAGCGUCCCGCGCGAGAUCUGUGACGCCCUCUUUCAGUCAAGUCUGCAAAAGACUUCCCCCAUGAACCGCUACAGUAGCCCAGAAUACAACAAUAAACUCAGCAACAACGAUCGUUACAAACCAACCUCCCGACCCAACAGCCGCGCAUCCUCCUUCACAAACACCACCGCAGCAACGACAAUAACCGACCCCUCAAUAACCUACCACCCACUCCGGCAAUCAGCCGGCCCGCCCCUGCGGGACACCCGCGAAGAUUCCAUCCUCCCAGACUCCCCAACCAUAACCUCCCUCUCCUCCUCCCUGCCCAGCUCCCCCAUCUCCCCCAUCUCCCCCAGCACCCGCCCCAGCUCCAGUUGACGCAGACCC